AUGGCAUCAUCAAAAAUCUCGUUUCAAAAUAAAUAUCGUUCAAAUAGACAUCGUUCAAAACAAAAUCGACGUUCAAGGUCAAAUGAAGAUAUAUUAACAAAAAUUUCAAAUGGAGCGGGUGUGGGAAUUGGUAAACAACGACAAGCACGUAACUCAAAUUGGUCUAGUUUAGGCAGUUUAAAUAGUUUUGGCGAGUCCGUACAUCAAUCAACUACCACUCCACCAUCAUCACAAGAUUUAAAACAGAAUGGUGUUAGUAGUAGUAGUGGUCAACGAGAAACAUUACACAGCAGAUUUGAGUUUAAACAAACAUUAGGCAAAGGCACAUAUGGAAAAGUGAAAUUAGCGCUUGAUAAAAGAAAGAAUGAACAGGUAACCAAUCCUAAAAGUAACAUAUUUGUUGCUAAGCGUCCGAUUAUGAGUGCAGCAGUACAUUUUGGUGUGAUACCAGUGGCAAUCAAAACAAUUAAAAAAUCACGUAUAGAAAAUCCACAUGACUUAGCUCGAAUUCGUCGAGAAAUUGAUUUUAUGACUGGACUAAAUCAUCCACAUGUAAUUAAAAUCAAAGAAGUGUACGAAAGUCGAGAAAAAAUUAUUCUCGUUAUGGAAUAUGCUAGCGGUGGUGAACUAUAUGAUUACUUAAACCGAAUGAAACGCAUACCCGAAUCAGAAGCACGAGCCAUCUUUCGUCAAAUUGUAUCAGCCGUUCAUUUUCUCCAUAAAAAUCAAAUUGUUCAUCGGGAUCUUAAACUAGAGAACAUAUUAAUUGAUCACAAUGGAGAUAUAAAGUUGGCCGAUUUUGGUCUCAGCAAUAGUUGGUCUCCUCGACGACUUCUGCAUACAUUUUGUGGAUCGCCAUUAUACGCAUCACCUGAAAUCGUUAGUGGUAUACCUUACUACGGCCCAGAAGUUGAUUGUUGGUCAUUGGGGGUCUUACUAUAUACCCUUGUUUAUGGAUCAAUGCCAUUCCAAGGUGGAGAUUAUAAUCGUCUCGUUCGUAAUAUUACAUCGGGUGAAUUUAUUCAACCUCGAGAGCAAUCAGGAGCUCUCGGUUUAAUACGUAAAUGUUUGACAGUAAUACCAUCAAAACGUUCGACUAUUGAUGAUAUAGCUGAACAUUGGUGGGUUAAUCUUGGUUUUAAAUGUCCGCCCGUCUAUUUUCAUACCUAUACACCACGUAAAAAUGGUGGUGUACAAGCGCUUCCGUUCGAAACCUUUCCGACACCCAAUUCAGUGCCAGUGCAACCACAACCAGCACCGCUGCCACCACCGCAAUCUUUUCAUCCAGUAACAAAAGGCGUACCGGUUCUUACCAAUGGAAAUAUGUCUUCUGUUGGACCAUCAUCAAAAGCCAAUUCGAUUACCAGUAAUAAUCAUUUACCACAAAACAAUACGAAUUAUUCAAAUUCUGCACGAAAUCAUUAUCAUAACACAACAACAGCGACAACGAAUAAUGCACCUGUGCCUAAUUCAAACUAUAGUAAUAAUAAUACUAAUGCAAAAUCAAACUAUUUUUCACGACGAACCACUGCCGAAAGAAAUGGGAUAAGGGAUCGUGCAUUGCCAUUAAUUCAAUUCUGUCUUAAGCCCGAUGCAAGUUUAAGAGCAACAACAAAAGACAUUAUGAGACAUAAUUGGCUUUGUACGGGACCCCUAUUAUCGUUACGUUUGCAUUCCUCGAUUAUUCCUUCGGAUAAAAUUCGUUAUCGUAAUUCAAUAGCAGCUCCAACAACAACAAUUUCACACAGUUCACUUGAUCAAACGUCGAUACCAUCAUCAUCACCACCACCGAUAAAAAACUAUUUACGAUCAACGAAUGAUCAAAAUACUACUAAUGAUGAUCAUCGUUAUUCCUCUUCAAUGCAAUCAUCUUCUACGAAUAAUCGUUAUUCAGCAAAAAAUUCAACCGAUACACCAAUAUCAACAGCAAACGAUAGUUCACCUCUUACACCAGUUAGUGCAACUGAUUCCAAUUCAUUAGUUGAAUUGGAACUAAAUACUAGCUCAUUUUUUUCAUCCUCGGAUUUAACACGUUCGUCAGCUCCAGCACCACAAUCAGUUGCAGCAUUACGUAACAAAGAUUUGAAAAAUAAAAAUCAUCGUGCAUCAGCCAUACCUGUCGCUACACGUCAUCUGUUUGAUAAACCAGAUAAGUCCUAUAAUUCAAAAUCAGAACAAAAAGUACAUCGUCCAUUGAGUUUAUCGUUGGAUGAUAAACAUGAUCCAAACGAUUUCCACUUUGUUGCUGCCAAACGAUCAUCGAUUAAAAAUAAUAAUAUUAAUGGUAAUACGUAUAAUUCCGUAUUCGAUCCAGUUUCGUCGUCUCCAUAUGCUUUCAAAGAUAAUCAAAAGUCAACAUUAAUUGAUGGUUCCUCAUCAUCAUUUGAUAUUGACAACAAAAAUCAUCAUCGACAAAACGGUUCCAAUAAUGGAGUGCAAGCAGUUUUAAGAAAAGGUAGACAAACUAUUUCGCCCACUUCACCUUCACGUUUAAGUGUAGAUCUGACAAACAUACUGCAUAGUAAUUCAAUAGAGGACGAUUCGAGUAAAAGUUUAAAAGAUCAAAUAUACUCACCAAAUUCAAAGUUAAGACCAUCGACAACGAAUACACCAACACGAUAUACAUUAGCAAACGCACGAUCAGUCUCACCAAAUAUGAAGGAAAAACGAUUGUUACCAGAAGAUCAUAAUAUAUUAACGCGUUACUUAGUUUCAUACGAUUUUGAUUCUACAAGACCUUUCUCUUCGCCCAUAAAACCUAACACGACUGUCGUCAAUAAUAGUGUCGAAUCAUCAGGUAAAAUUGUACCAUCGCUAGCAGGUUCGACCAUUAUCUCUGGAGUAAAAUUCGUUACACCAACUAUGCGAACAACAACAUGGUCUGACGAUCGAAAUAAUAAACCUAGGUCUGAUGAUCGAAAUAAUAAAACUAAAAGUCUAAACGGUAAUAAUAUGUUUGAAAUACCAUCAUCAUCCAAAUAUAUGGAUGAAAUGAAUGCUAAAAAAAAUAAUUAUAAUACUAACACAACUAAUAGUAGUGAUUCAUAUAUUAAAAAAUUAGGUGAAUUAAGUAUCGGAACUAAUACAAGUAUUCCAGCACUAAACACUACUACCACUGUUCAUCGAACUAAUCCUACAAGUGCUUCAAUAUUAUGUUCACUCGCUCUACCUAAACGUGAUAGUUUUCAUUCAUCAUCUAAUACGCCGAGAGAUUCAUGUAAAAAAUUUGAAGAUAACACGAAUAAUAGUCUAAUGCAAAUAAGGAUUCAGGAAUAG